CGAAUCCAGGAGCAGGCCAGACCAUGAAAUUCCACGCACGGAGAUUCCUUAGAGUGGAGCUAGAGAAAAGAAAAGGUCACGGACAGGGAGCGUGAGAAAGCAUGACAGCGAGGAAAUGUCGCCAUAAAGAGAGCUCUAAACCCUAACUUCUCUCUCUCUUAGUGGCAAACUUUGUCACCAAUCUCACUCGCCCAAUUACUUCUUUUUCCACUUUCUUUUUUCAGUUUCUAGAAUUUUCUAAUUUAGAGCUUAGUUUACCAAUUUUUCGGCGAACAAGUCAGGGAUCGGCACCGAAAUGCUUCUCUAAUUUCACUUUUUUCUCGGUAAAACUUCGCAUUUAUUCGAAUUUACGGUAGUCCGGUGUGUGGAUUUUACUCUUCUGAUGAUUUAUUUCCGGACACUGUUUCAACCACCAGUGAAUUUUUCAUCUAGACCCCCAUUAUCCUACUCAAUUUCCUAUAUUUUUCUUCCCUCUGAUGUCUUCUUUAUAUGCUGCUUUAAUUGCCUUAGAUUUCGCCUAAAAAUUUGAUAUUUCUUGUGCGUUCGAUCGGUAAAUUGCUUGCUUAGUUUGAAUUAACGUUUAAAAGGGAAGUACUUGAGAAAAAAUAUAAUUUGGGUUUCUACCUGUGGGGUUGAGAGACUGAGAAUUUAGUUAAAUGGGGGAUCGCUUUAGGUCGGUUUCUAUCGAGGACUUGCCAUCCCAUUUGAUAUUGGAGAUUUUGACGGCAGGCCGGCUCAGAUCAAUUGAUCUUGUUUGUUUAGAGUUGACUUCUAGGGCUUUUGGUGGGAGUCAUGGAUUGUACCCUCAUAAGUUCCGGUCGUUGGUGGACUUUGCGGCGUAUCAGCUGUGCACGUCCAAUAUGAUAUAUGCUCGGAUGAGUUGCAAUGCUCAGAGAGAGUUGUUUGAUCGGUGUAAUGGGAACUGGAAGCGGGUUUUGAGGUUCUUGCAGUCAGUGGAGCAAUCGUCUGAGAUGGUCGAGACCACAUCAGGCAAUAUGCAGAUUACCACUGGAAGGUAUCACACAUUGCUGAUCAACAAUUCAUCAGUUUAUUCUUGUGGUUCCAGCUUGUGUGGUGUUCUUGGUCAUGGUCCUGAAACAACACAAUGUGUAGCAUUUACCCGGAUUGAUUUCCCAACUUUGGCUCAUGUCAUGCAAGUUUCAGCUUCCCAAAAUCAUGCUGCUUUUGUCACGGAGUCUGGAGAGGUUUUCACAUGCGGAGACAAUUCGUCAUUUUGUUGUGGGCAUAGAGAUACAAGCCGCCCCAUUUUUAGGCCUAGGCUUGUUGAAGCAUUGAAGGGAGUUCAUUGCAAGCAGGUUGCUGCGGGGCUUAAUUUUACAGUGUUCCUCACAAGACAAGGCCGGGUUUAUACGUGUGGGGCCAACACACAUGGCCAGCUUGGUCAUGGUGACACCUUAGACAGACCAACUCCCAAAAUCAUUGAAGUACUUGAGGGAGUUGGAACUGUAGUUCAGAUUGCUGCAGGUCCAAGUUAUGUCUUAGCUGUUACUGACAAUGGAACAGCCUACUCUUUUGGAUCGGGUUCUAAUUUUUGUCUUGGCCAUGGAGAGCAGCAUGAUGAGUUCCAGCCACGUGUAAUCCAGACAUUUCGGAGAAAGGGUAUUCACGUGGUCCAUGUCUCUGCUGGUGACGAGCAUGCUGUGGCACUAGAUUCCAAUGGACUUGUAUAUACUUGGGGCAAAGGCUACUGUGGUGCAUUAGGACAUGGAGAUGAGGUUGAUAAGACUACUCCAGAACUAUUGGACAGCCUUAAGAGCCAUCUUGCUGUGCAGGUCUGUGCCAGAAAGAGGAAAACCUAUGUUCUGGUUGAUGAUGGUUCAGUUUAUGGCUUUGGGUGGAUGGGGUUUGGUAGCCUCGGGUUCCCAGACCGGGGAGUAUCCGAAAAAGUAAUGAGGCCUCAAAUCCUUGAAUGCUUAAGAGCUCACCAUGUUUCUCAAAUUAGCACUGGGUUGUACCACACUGUUGUAGUCACUAACCGUGGACAACUCUUUGGGUUUGGAGACAAUGAAAGAGCACAACUUGGGCAUGACACAUUGAGAGGAUGCCUCGAGCCCACCGAAAUUUUUAUCCCAGAAAUGGCAGAUGACACACAAGUUGUUUUAGAAAGCGGAUGACGCUCAGGGAGCUCCCAUCGGCGGCUUUCUGCUGGUUUGUUGUUUUAGUUUUGUAUCAUAAGUGAGCACCAUAAGAUUUUCUUUCCCCGUCAUUCCUGUAGAUUUGCAUAAAAUUGUAAUUGUGAAUGUUUGAUAAAUUCUUAUCAUUAUUAUUAUUAUUAUUAUUAUUUUAAAAGAUGAACUUAA